AUGGAAGAGAAUAGCAAUUCAAGUGUUUUCGUGGCCUCCUUAUCAAAAGAUGUAAAGAGUUGGAAAUAUCGUAACAACCAUUCCAAGUUUAUCACCUCAACUCCAAUUAAUUGUCAAAAUCAUCGGAAUAUUUCAUCCGUAAAGCAGGAAUCGAGGAUCUCGUUUUCAAUAAAUGAACGCCUAACAAAUUUAUUAAAUAAAAUUCUUCCCUUAAAAAAGAAAUGGAGCACAAAUUUCCAUCAGUCAUGUAUUGCUUUCACAAAUCUGGCUUCAAAUAUUUGUAAAAUCCUAUCAGGUUCAUCAUCCUUUGAGAAUCAUGAUGAUUUUGUCACUUAUGGAUUGUGUAAUCUAUAUUUAAAUGAUAAUUUAGAACAAAUGACAAAACUUCGUGAUGGUCAAAUUUUGGAAACCUAUUAUGAUAAACUAAAUGAAUGUAUAAAAAUUAUGGAAGAUUGUGGCGUACAGCUAAAGUCUAUGCUAGAUCAAUUGAAUGCUUUGAGAAAUCUAAGUCAAAAUGAAUCAAUUUACCAUCAGUAUGCCACAUGCCAGUCGACAUUAGACUCAUCCGUCAAGAUAAAAAGUGGUUCUACACUAGAUGGUAACAGUUUGUCUACUUUAAAUUCUACUCGCUCAUAUCUAUCAACAUCAUUAAAACAACAAACACAACAACGAAAUUUAAGUGGAACUUACUUAUACAAAGUAUUAAACAUUGAAAUAAAUGGACUAAUCAACCAAAUUGAACGUGAUUCAAGCAUUCGGAAAUAUUUAGUGAAAAUUAUAUUACCUAGCACUUCACAUUACUUUCAAGUGAAUACUACUGUUCAGGAUAAUUAUAAUGUUGUCCUAUUAAAAUUUGUGUCAAUUUGGCGUCAUUUUGGACAAUAUGUUUCAUGGUUUACUGUUAUAUCAAUGUCUGAGCAUAUUUUGAAAACUCUCAAAAAUACAGACUGA